ACAGAAAGGUACAGACAAAGGUACAGGUGCUUCAAUGAUGAAUUUCCUUCUAAGAGCUGUGGUUGCAGCCUGUGCCCUCAUAUCAAGCACACACUGUGCCGACAAUGCAGUUGCUUGGUGUUACGAUCAGCCGACCUGCAAUGACGCCACCUGGUCAACCAUUGCGGCUAAAUAUUGUAACGGGACGAGACAGUCACCCAUAAACAUCGUCUCAUCAGCGGCCAAACCUGACUCUAAAUUGUCUGACUUCACCUUUGAAAACUUUGACAGCAAGUCUGCCCUGAAAAGCAUCACAAACACUGGCCAGACAGUCAAGGUUAGCUUUGGGAGUGGUGUGAAGGUUUCAGGAGGAGAUCUGCCUGAGGCUUACAACAGCCUGCAGUUCCACUUGCACUGGGGAAAUGGCUCCUCCAUUCCUGGCUCUGAGCACACUGUGGACGGAAAGCGCUACCCCAUGGAGUUGCACAUUGUGAACAUCAAGUCAUCUCUGAAUGGAAACACAACCCUGGCGGUUGCAGAUUCUACAGGACUUGCUGCCCUUGGUUUCUUCAUUGAGGUAAUGUCAGGUGAUGCGACUGGCCAACCAGCUAGCUGGAAGACCUUGACGUCUUACCUGGCCAAUAUCAAAGAGAAAGGUAACUCGGUGUCAAUGGCAGCUGGGAUUUCACUGGAUGAUCUCCUGGAAGGAGUGAAUCGCACAAAGUAUUAUCGCUACCUGGGCUCCUUAACCACCCCUAGUUGCAAUGAGGCCGUGGUUUGGACUGUGUUCAAGGAGCCAAUCAAAGUCAGCAAAGAUUUGAUUGACCUCUUCAGCACAACGGUGCAUAUCGGCAACAGCUCAUCGCCUUUAAUGGUGAAAGUCUUCAGAAACAUCCAGACAGCACAAGCAGUCACAACCCAGGCUACGGACUCUUCUUCUACAGUCUUCUAUUCUCUGGGGCUGGUGGCUCUGAGCCUGAUACUGGGGAGAUGUUUGUAACCAUUCCUUUCACAUAUGAGUCCGUGUGAACUUAGCCUUGUCCAAACAAUUGCUCGCCACUUGUAAAAUGUGUUUAGCAACAAAAAUGACGCAUGUUAGGCAGAUUAAGUGUUGCGCCGCACUUUCCUCUCAAGUUGUGCACCAGUAGAUUUUUCUUAUACUCUGUCGUGUUAUAUGAUUGGUAGUCAACUCUUCCAUGUAAGCGUUUCAUCUACAACCAGUGAACCGUUGUCCUCUCAGUUGAAGUACAUUCAAAUUAGCUUCCUCCUCAAUUUUAUGGACCAUUCAUUAUUAAAACAAAGACAAAAAACACACGCAACUAUACUGCUUAUUAUUAACUUAAGUAUUUGUGUCCUGAAUUUAAUAUAUAGGCUGCAAUAUGCACAUGAGAUCAGUCUUGAUAUCACAAAAAAGUCACGUUAAGUGAGUUGUUUUCCAGUGAUACACAAUAUUAAGAAUAUUAAUAAGUGCACCAACAGUUUUAAACACUGCACUCAAAUGGUUAAAUGCAUUGCAUCCAGAAUUCGAGCACGGUUCAUGUCGGUUGAGCAAUCGAUACAGGUGUCCUCGUUUUCAUCACUUACAAUUUCAUCCAAGUCUGUGAAAACUCCAGUUGCUUCAGCAGAGGUUAGACAUGAAACCAAAGUAAAUUUAGUCUUGUACCGCGAUUCUCCGGUUGAUGUCGUUCUUACUGUAUAUUUCAUAUGCACAUAACCGUUAACUCUCUCAGGAUCACUGUAAAAAAGAAUGUAUGUGGUUAUUUAAUGACAUAGACGGCUUACAGAUACAUGGCUCCAGGCUCCGUUGGUGGAAGAAGAUCACUCACUUGUUCUCAACUUUGGUCUUUGUAACUUGGUUGAUAUUUAUAUAAGCAUUAAAGCUAUGUGACGCACAAAAUAGAAAGUCAAAAAGUAUAAUAUAUGCAUCUCAUUACGCAUUUUUGUGUUGCAGUUUUAAUUUGAGAAUGAUGAAUUGUUCAGUACCAGUGACUGUAACAGUAAUAGGAUCAUUGUAAAUGUGUUUUUAUUUUUAAAUUUAUACAUUGUGUAACCAGAUAUUAUGAAAUAUGAUGUUUUGAUUGAUGCACUUACUGUGAACAAAUGAAAUGGUGCCAAAUUUCAGUGAACAAUUAAACAAUUAAAGGUGAGCAGCCUA